AUGGGCUCUAUCGCUCGCGGUAGAGGACAGGCUACCAACGGUGGAUUCCUACGACGCCCGGUCGAUGACGCUCAACGAGAAGGCCGGACCCCCUCGAGCAACCUUCUCAAGGCUCUAACGGCCUUUGCAACACACAAGGCCAGCGUCGGCGAAGUAUCGGCGGCGCUUCCUACCUUUGUCUCCAUCCUCAAGGCGCGACGCGAGCUCUCGGACUCGCCGCCGCCACCAAAGGUAUCCUCAGGCGGUCCGUCCAAAUCGCUCUUGGAGAUGGUUGGCGGGGUUUUCCAGCCGCCGGCGUAUCCGGAGGCGCCGGAUGACGGCACGUCGGCGCCCUGGCGGGACGCACGUGAGCUCUGCGAGGAAGCGGGGCUGAGGCUCUAUAUCGGCGAGAUCCUGUACGCCACCAGGAGCAAGGAGGAGGGUGUGGCGUGGACGCGUGAGGCAGUGGAUGCGGCGGAGGAGCAGCUGAGAAAGGUGACGGAAAAGAAGGGCUCGGCGGUGGACAAGGAGGCGAAGAAGACGUGCCAGCAGUGCUUAAGCACGGGAUUGUAUAACUGGAGCGCGAUGGCAGCAGCGCUCGCCAACGUGGAGUCGAAGCGCAAAGCCGACGCAAAGGCCCAGGAGCCCUCGAGGUUCCGGUUCUGGUCGAGGACCGGAUCCGAGGCAACGGCCGAUCGAUGGUUGGCGGAAGAGAAGGUAGCGCAAGAGAGAAUACGACAAACCAAAUCGCUGCUCGAGGAGGUCGCACCACCACCGAGCAACCCGCUGAUGGCAAUCUUCAAGGUGUAA